GACGCGUGAUGCCCAACCUCAGUAAAAGCGUAACUAGCGAAUUGAAAAAUUAUUCGUUGCGUUUGUUUGGUGUCAAUAAUUCGCGUAUAGGGGAAAAAUAGAUUUCAUAAUUGAUAUAAAAUUUUGACAAUGUAACAAUGUAUAGGUAAUAGAAAUAAAUACGCUCAUAUUUAAAAUUGUGCGUGUUUAACGUGCUCUAAACGAACGAAGAGAAUUAUAAAUUAGUGCCGCCGACAAAGGUUUUGAGAGCUUUAUAUAUGUACAUUGCGUGUAACCUCUUUUAUGGUUAAAUUUAUAAAGAUUAUAAUACUUGGAAAAAAAUGAAGUUCGCGGAACAUUUGUCUGCUCAUAUUACGCCCGAGUGGCGUAAGCAAUACAUUAGUUAUGAGGAAAUGAAAGCAAUGCUUUAUACUGCUGUAGAAGAAGCACCUUCUGCGGAAAGUGUAGAGCCAGAAGUAAUAUCUCGACACUUCGCUUCCUUCGACGAGGUGUUUUUUACAUUCUGUGAUCGCGAAUUAAAAAAAAUUAAUACUUUUUAUUCUGAGAAGUUGGCGGAAGCAACACGUAAAUAUGCAGCUCUACAGAGUGAAUUGAAAAUUGCGCUAGAAUUACAACAUGGCGGAGGCAAAAAUAAAGGGAAAGCAAAUAUUAAACCUCUUUUACCAACGAGGAAAUUGAGAGAAUUGAAACUUGCGUUCUCUGAAUUUUACUUGUCUCUCAUACUUCUCCAGAAUUAUCAAAAUCUCAAUUACACUGGUUUCCGGAAGAUCCUUAAAAAGCACGACAAGUUGUUGUCGGUAGAUAGCGGAUCAAAAUGGAGGGUAGAAUGUGUAGAGACGGCCCAUUUUUAUACAUCAAAAGACAUAGACAAACUUAUACAAGAAACAGAAACUACUGUUACAAACGAUUUAGAAGGUGGGGACAGACAGCGUGCCAUGAAAAGAUUACGUGUACCACCUUUAGGGGAACAUCAGAGUCCGUGGACCACUUUCAAGGUUGGACUGUUUUCUGGUAGUUUUAUUAUCCUGUUCGUAGCAGUUGUACUUUCAGCAAUAUUCCACGAAGGCGGAGAAAACUUAAAAAUCGCAUUUAGAUUAUACCGCGGACCUUUACUUAUUAUAGAAUUUUUAUUUCUCAUUGGUGUGAAUGUUUACGGAUGGCGUUCGUCCGGCGUAAAUCAUGUGUUGAUAUUCGAAUUGGAUCCACGAAAUCAUCUCUCCGAACAACAUCUCAUGGAACUAGCUGCUGUUCUAGGAGUCAUAUGGACCCUUAGUUUAUUAAGUUUUUUAUACAGUGCCAGCUUAAGCAUUCCGCCAUAUGUAAAUCCAUUAGCCUUAGUUUGUAUCAUGUUGACAUUCCUUCUGAAUCCAUUAAAAAUGUUCCGUCACGAGGCCCGGUUUUGGCUGUUGAAAAUCAUCGGGCGAGUUUUAAUAACACCGUUCGCGUAUGUCAAUUUUGCCGAUUUCUGGCUGGCAGAUCAGCUGAACAGCAUGGCUACGGCUUUGUUAGAUUUCCAUUUCUUGACGUGCUUUUAUAUCACUAAUGGAAAUUGGUUAGAAGCUGGCGACACCACGCAAUGUAUGUCUGGUUCCCUGAUCGUCAGACCUAUCGUCAAUUGUCUACCUGCGUGGUUUCGUUUCGCGCAAUGUAUUCGACGAUAUCGCGAUUCUAAAGAAGCAUUCCCGCAUUUGGCCAAUGCUGGGAAAUAUUCGACAACAUUCCUCGUCGUUUUAUCCAACACUCUGUGCGUCUAUCGUGCUGGGGAAUAUUCAAAUCGAUGGGAGAAUCCAUGGUUGUGGCUAUGGAUAAUCUGUUGCUGCGUCAAUUCCGUAUAUUCUCUAACUUGGGAUUUGAAGAUGGACUGGGGUCUUUUAGAUAGUAAUGCUGGUGAAAAUAAAUUUUUACGCGAAGAAGUUGUAUAUUCAGCAGCGGGAUUUUAUUAUUUCGCUAUAAUUGAGGAUUUUACUCUGAGAUUCGCGUGGAUAGCCAGUUUCGUUCUUGUCGAGUGCGGAUAUGUAUCCAGUGAUUUAAUGACAUCCGUAGUGGCACCUCUUGAAGUUUUCAGGAGAUUCGUUUGGAAUUUCUUUCGGUUAGAAAACGAACAUCUAAACAAUUGCGGUAAAUUUCGAGCAGUUCGCGACAUAUCGAUAGCACCGAUCGAAAGUUCCGAUCAGACACAAAUUUUGCGUAUGAUGGACGACGAAAACGGUGUACUUAAUAGAGGUAAACGUAAAAUUGGGGGUAAACGGCAACCUAACCCCAAAGAAGACAAACGUGCGUUGCUGAAAGAAGAAACAAUCGAUAUAGGUAUAUCUAAUGCUAGUUGAGAGUAGUCCAACAAUUUUAAUGCAGUUUCAGUUUGUAAAAAUAAACUGUUUCGAAUCCAUUGCAGUCUUCUUGUAAGAAUCUAUAUUUUGUUACUACUAGUACAAAUCAAACUUUGUAAGUAAUUAAUGUCUUGCCUUUGUAUUUGCCAAAAUUGAAGAUUAUAAAGUCGAAUCCCUUGCAAGUGCCUUCUAUAUCGCUUUUGAAAGAACUCUUCAUUAAACUAUGCGUUUAAUAAUUUAGUACUAUGAUAUAUAUAUAUAUACUACAGAGUCUUCCAUAAAAGUAUUUAGGCACUCAACACAUUACUUACCGCUAACCAAUUAGUUUGAUACUUUUUAAAAACGUAAGUACUUUGAUACUGUUUUCGUUUAUCCUUGAAUAAUAUGCAUGUACAGAGCAAUAGUUGUUACAUUUUAAUUUUUCUAAUUAAUUAGCAUUCAGUUGAAGAGCAGACCGGUAGAAAGAAGUAAAUUAAUCGAUUAGCGAUAGAUUAUAGGUUAAUGACGUAUACAGGGUGUUUCUAUACUGCUGGUACAUAUUUUAAAGAAUCAAGAAUAAUAAAAUUAUAUUUCAAGCUUCUUUUUCGUCUUAUGUUUGCAUGUAAAAUCAUUUAAAAUAUUUACCACUAAACAUCCUAUAAUACCUGUCAAGUUAUAGUCUUCGAUUUUGAAGAAUAAACGAAUGUUUAAUACCUAAAAAGAUGUAUGAAGUGUAACAGAAAAUCAUAGUACAGCCAUAAAUAAUUGUAAGUUAUACGUAGAAACAAAAAUGUCGCUUCAUAGUAUGAAAUAUUCAUUUGUGUAUAUGUAUCUAAAAUUGUAAGGUUUAUGGUUGCUCAUUAUCUCACAGUAUUUACAAAUGUUACUUUCGGAGAAUUGUGAAGUACAGUUAAUCUAGAAAAAUAUACACAAUUUAUACCAUCAUGCUAUUGUGUUUAACCCCUUGGCGUACGAUUCAAUUUAAAAUAAUUUUUCAAACACGUACUAUUUAAUUUUGCUUAUUCGUACAAGAAUAUUUCGAAUGGUCACGAAAAAGAGUGAAUUUGUUUUACGAAUGAUAUAUGAGACUUGAUGACGAGUAGCUUAAUGAUUAUCAAACUCGUAAUUGUAUGACAAGGGGUUAAGAGUUGAGUAUAUGUAUCUACUUUAGAAUAGUGGGGUUAAUUUUACCUAAAAAUUAUUGGACUACAAUGCCUAUAAUAUUAUUUCAUUGUUACUUCUAGUAAACAAACUUUUGUCUUAAUUCAUAAUGCAAAAAAAUCUGUAUUAUUUAACUGAGUAAUAUAUUACAUAAACACUUAAUUUGCUUGCAAAACCAAUUUAGGAAAUCUACGUUAAGGAAUGCAAGUGUUUAUACACAGUAGCUGUAUAGUCGAGUUAAAAUUCAGUACUAAGUACUUAACAUUGUCUUCGUUUUAGCAUUUUUGUAAAAGUAUU